AUGGAUGUGGAAUCGGAAGAUCUAGUUGAAGACCAGAAAGAAUUGGUUGCAAUACUCUAUCACUUUGGAAUUCCCUCCAUUCCAUACAUCUUUGCCGCGUGUGUCGCACUGCUUCUCUACGAACAUGCUCUCACUUUCGCCGAUGAAUAUCGUGUGAUUUGGAGGCGCAAGCUUUCCAUCCCGACAUGCCUGUUCAUACUCAACCGCUAUGGAGCCCUCGUAUACAUUCUAGGCUUGCUCUUAUGGGGUUACGUGCAUUGGGGCGAAGAGAGCAAUCAGGGGUGCGAUUUUUCGGGCGUCAUGCAGUUUAUUGCAGUCUUUGGCGUCGGACUAGGAGACCUUGUCUUUGUGGCUCUCAGGAUACAUGUCAUUAACGCGCGCAACCGGUUCUGGACGACUGUCAUAAUAAUGCUCGGACUCACAACAGUUCCUCUAAACAUUAUUCUGAUGAUUCGGAAUGAGAAUCUGCCAAUGCCGGAGCCUAUCAUGGGCUGCGGCAACAAGGCGAGGGUUUCCAACCUCGGGGAUGACGCUUUAUGGACGAAAAUUGCACUGACUUUUCAACUAGUGUACAUCGCCUUCACAAUCUUUUUGUUUUUAAAACCUGUCAUCGUCACGCUGAUCACAUGGUAUCGCACGUACGAAGCUGUUCGUGCUUCCAGAGGGUCCCAUAUGCAACCUACAUUCGCCUAUCUUUUGCUCCGCGACGGUCGUCCUUGGAGCAAUAGUAACGCCGAUAUCCUUCGCGUACGUGACGCCCUCGCGAUCGACUCCGCGCUGCUGACGCCAGCCGUGGAUGCCAGAACUAGCUCCAUCUUCUUCUCCCGUGCAUUCUCCACCUUCGCCUGGCCGAAGCUCCCUCGCCCUCCUCACCACGAUCUCCGCCCGUCACGCGGAGUCGAUCCAGUUCGCCGCGAGACCCUCGAGGUUCGACAGUUACUGGACAACAUCAGCGCGCCGCUCAGUGUGGGAGAGGAAGACGCGGACCUUCCGGACGAAGACGUGGAUGAGCACGGGAGAGAAUGGGCCUCCGAACCCACCGCAGAUGGUGAUCUCGACGCGACCUCCGGUGUUUACCAGAAGAUAGCCUUCGUCACCUCAUGCAUCGGCAUCGAAAACGGGCUUUCAAUGCUGCUUCUCGCAUCCUCCGCGCGUUUUGAUGGUUUCGACACCAACGCCUCUGAAGCCUGA